AUCACUUUUUUUUUUUUUUUGAUCAUCCAAUUCUUUUUUGUUAUGUUGAAGCACAGGAGGUUCUCUUGUCCAUAUACAUUAUAAUAUACUGUCACUUCAAGCUAAAAGUUUACUGUUCUAGUACCAUCACCUAUUAAUCAUCAAUAGCCAUGCAGAUGCCAAUCGCAGAAUAUGUCCCAACGGUUCGCAAAGCGGGCUCUGAAAUAAAACAUCUUAACAUUGAUCAUAAGAUGAAAGGUAAAAAUGUCACUUUGAUCUCCUUGGCAAGGAUCAACAUAGGCCCUGGAGCUGGAGGUUGCAAUAAAGGUCAUUUUUCUGGAAGUUUCAAUGAGGCCGAGGGGAAUUCGCAUCAUACGGAUGCAGCUGCUUUUUGGGAGACGCUAAUCGCAGAAUGUGUUCACAAAACCAAGGUCUCUCGUGGAGAAGCUCGAAUUAAAGCUGGCUUUGAAAAAGAACAUCUUAACAUGAUCAAAGGUAAAAGUGUCAUUUUUAUCUCCUUGGGAAGCAUCAACAUAGGCCCUGGAGCCGGAGGUUACAAUAAAGGCCGUUUUUCUGGAAGUUUCAAUCAGGCCAAUCGGAAUUUGCCUCGUACGGAUGCAGCUGCUUUUUGUAAGAUGCCAAUCGCAGAAGGCAUGCUAACGGUUCACACAACUGAUGUCUGUGUGGAAAAAGCUCGAAUUAAUGCUGGCUCUGGAACAAAUCAUCUUGAGAUUGAUCAAAUGAUCAAAGGUAAAAAUGUCAUUUUGAUCUCUAUGGCAAGCAUCAACAUAGGCCCUGGAGCCGGCCGCUACAAUAAAGACUCUUUUUCUGGAAGUAUCAAUAAUGCUGGCACUGAAACAGAAUUUCUCAACAUUGAUCAUAUGAUCGAAGGUAAAAAUAUCAUUUUGAUCUCCUUAGGAAGCAUCAAUGUAGGCCCUGGUGCUGGAGCUAAUAAUGAAGGCUCUUUUUCUGGAAGUGUCAAUCAGGCUGAGGAGAAUUUGCGUCAUACGAUUCCAAAUAACAAAACCAAUGUCUCUGGGGAAGAAGCUUGGACUAAUGCUGGCUCUAAAACAGAACGUCUCGACAUUGAUCACAUAACCAAUGGUGAAAAUGUCAUUUUGAUCUCCUUAGGAAGCAUCAACAUAGGCCCUGGUGCUGGAGCUCACAAUAAAGGCCCUUCGUCUGGAAGUAUCAAUCAGGCCAAGUGGAUUGCAACAAACAAUGUUGCCGUUGAUUAAAAGAUGUGAAGAGACGGAGUCUUAGUGGAGGUAACCUGGGGCUCUCAAAUUCAAGCAGAUAGAAGUCCAAGUCUUGACAUACAAGGAGCCUCCGAGCUAGAAUUGGCCACAGACAAAUUUAUUUAGGCAAAUGAGAUAGAGAGUAGAGGGUUUGUGUGGUGUACAUAGGUGUCUUGGCUGAUGGGACUGUGGCAACAAUUAAGAGGUUAAUUGCAUAGAUAUAGAAAGCAAGGGGAGCGUGCAUUUAGGAUAGAGGUUUGUAGCAAUAACUUCAUUAAUAACCA